UAAGGUUUGAUUUUACUGACUCGAGUUAUAUAUGCUUCGAAUAUCCGCAGGGGUUAUUUACUAUUCCGUGUUAGAGGGGUGGGUUUCUUUGUUCUCGUCCAGCUAAGUCCAUCUUUCAUAACCCUCAUUUAGACUAUAGUUCCUGCGCCGCCUCCCUUUCUCUCUCUCUUUCUACUUCUCAGCAUAAUCUCCAUAGCCCCCUACCCACUAUCUCAUUCAAACACCACCAUGGCCUCCCCUGAAUCCAAAGCAACAAUCCUCCUCAUCCACGGCGGCUGGCACACCCCAUCCCACUACUCCGCCUUCACAACGUAUCUCGAAUCGCACGGCCACGAAGUCCACAUUCCCCGCCUCUCAACCACCAACGGCGCGCGCCCUCCCACCGCAGACCUCUCCACAGACACCGCGCAGAUCCGCACCUACGCCACCGAUCUCAUCUCCGCAGGCCACAGACUCGUCGUGAUCAUGCACUCCUACGGCGGGCAAGUCGGCACAAACGCCCUCUCCGGUCUGAGCCUGAAAACCCGGGCGCAACAAAACCUCCCCGGUGGCGUCGCGCGACUGGUCUACGUUACUGCGUUCGCGCUUUCCCCGGGGAACUCGAUGCUCGGGAUGGUGCGGGAGAUGGGCGACGAGGCGCUGAUUCCGGUGGCGUUUGCGUUUGACGAGGAUGGGGUGGUGUGGGAUCGGGAUCCGAAGAAUCUGCUUGUUGGGCCGGGGUUGGGGGAUGAGGAGAUGGAGAGGUUUGUGGGGAGUUUGGUCGUGUGGAAUGGGAGGGCCAUGGAGCAGGGGAUUAGUGGGUGUGCGUGGAGGGAGGAUGUGGGUGUUUCGUAUGUCUGUACGAGGGGUGAUAUGACGGUUCCGGAGAGGUAUCAGCGGACUAUGAUUGAGAGGAUGAGGGAGGUGGGGAAGGAGGUCGAGGUGUUUGAGCUGGAGACGGGGCAUUGUCCGCAGGUUACGAUGCCGAGGGAGUUGGGGGAGGUGGUUUGUGGGAUUGUGAGGAGGGAGGAGGGGAGGUGGGUUUAG